AUGAUCGCCUUUUCCCGAUAUUUAAGCUGGAACAACGUUCCCAAACCUCCCUCGCCGCAGAUGAUCGCCGCUGGAUUGGCUAUCGUGAGCAUCUUGGGCAGCAUCUUUGGACUUGAAGCAAGGUUCAGAUGGCUUUCGAAAAUAUUCGAAGCCGAAACCGACAAGAAGGAUGUAAAGCCCCGCCGCAAAACUGGCCUCUUCCCGAAAUCCGCUGGCACUAUUCUACCAGCUGACCGUGAUGCAGAAGCACAGUCCGGUCCAACCCCAUGCGCAACAGAUUCCUACUUUAAUGUCCGGCCCUCCUCCUACGAUGAGAACACUGGGGUCUAUGUCGAAUGGAGCUUUGGUGGUGACGUAACAGUCCUGGACAAGGCCAUUGGCAGGGACACCCUAGAAAUCGACGGGUGGGCACCUGCUGAAUGCGACUAUCGCGGAGUUGAAGAAUCCGGCUCGCCCUUUUCUUCCUAUGAGCAAUCUCCUUAUUCCGCGGCCACUUCUGUGCCUAUUCCUGUCCGCCGUGGACCUAUGCGCUCCAGCUUCAGCGGCCACUCGCACAGUGUGUCCGGGGCUAGCUUCUCCAGGACUCCUUAUAUGGGUGGAGGCAAUAUCAAACCGGCCCAGACCGUAGGAUAUUCGUCCCCAGAGAUGUCGCCUAAUUACUAUGCUGACGAGCUGUCGCCUCACUACGAUGCUUGCAGCCGCCCCAGUGUUACAUACGAGCCGCCGGCGAGCCUCUCGGGAUUAUUUUCUCAACCAUCUAUUGGCGAAUCUUUUGCGUUGGAGCAGCACACCAAAGAAUGGUAUCAGGGCGAGCUAGUCAACUACGAAGAGACUUCGUGCAACCCGUCACUGUUGACUGUCGACGACGAAUUUGCCGAGCCUCGGUUGAACGAGCCCCAGUUUGCCAAAUCUUUUAUGCUCACUCCCAAACUCCAGGUUUGCGACUACCGAUAUACAACCAAUGGUGUUGCGUACGAUGAGAAGACGGUGUCAACGUCUCCCGACUCCAGCUCGCCCUUGAGCAUGUCUUCCCACAUGACGUCGCCAUCCACCACAUCCCCACCGGGGAUGCGGUCGUCUGAGGGGCUAUUUGCGUGCACCGAGUGCGACGCUACCUUCAGAGUGAAGGGCUAUCUGACUCGCCAUCUGAAAAAGCACGCAGAAAACAAAGCUUACACCUGCCCCUUUUUUGAUCCUGAAAAGGACCGGCCAUGCCACCCCACAGGAGGAUUUUCGCGCCGAGACACUUACAAGGCGCACCUGAAAUCGCGUCAUUUCACGUAUCCGAAAAAGACUCGCUGUUCCCAACGCUCGCAAGUUGCCGGGCACUGCCGGGAGUGCGGCGAGCAAUUCGAGUCCAACGAAAUCUGGGCUGAACGGCAUGUGCGUCCGCGCCUUUGCAAAGGUAUUGUUGAAGAUUUGUAG